AACUAGAGCCAAAGACACUAGACAGACGACCUGCUGCCAAGUGAGGCGUCUUUCCUAGCUCUUCUCCUCCUUGCUGCCGGAGCAAGACCAGAAAUCCCUGGAGAGGGAGAUCUAGGGCGAAGCGCCUGAUCCGCCGGCCCGCCGGACGCACGGCUCGGCACCGCCGGUGACCAUCAUCUUCUUCCCUUCCGCUUACAGCACGCAGCCCGCCGGUCAGACAUGUCAUGGUCCGAUCUAAGCUCGAUGCGGGAGGAGAGAUGGGCGGACGACGGUCGGCAACAAUCACGGCCAGCAUUUGGUUCACACCGAAUGCAUCUCAGCUCGCACAGCUUAGUACAGCCCGGCAGCCGGCCGGCCGGUGACACAUUUCCUGGUCCGGUCGAAGCUCGAUGCAGAAAGAAAGACAGAGCGGCCGGUCGGCGCCGGCCGUACGCUGCAACAAGCACGGCCAGCAGUCGGCCAACAUUGCUGCCGGCCGGGAUCUUUCAUGCAUUCCUCGGAUCCGCCGGACUUGUGCGCGAGUAACAAGUAAGUUCAUCGUCCUGUGUACUGCCCAUUUACAUUUUAAUUACUUUGGGGUUAUAUAUCGCGUCGACCGCGCCGGAAUAGCCAUAGAGGCACAUUUUUUCUUCAUGCUAGCUCACCGCCGGAAAAGAAAGGUGUUUCAGAUCUAAGCCAGGCUGCGCGCUCUGCAGAAGAAUAGUCGGGCAAAGACCAUGAUGCCACCAAAUAAAUUAACUAAAUUCCACGUUCACUUGUUAACCAUUCGCAGUUGCAGUGACAAGUGGGCCCAAGCAUGGCACCAUAGUACCUCUCUCUCUCUCUCUCUCUCUCUCUCUCUUUUGAAUACAUGGACCGUGCCUUGGGCUUUCUCUCUUGUUCUUUUUUUAGCAUUGCCUUGGGCUUUCUCUGAUCUCUCUCUCUCUCUGUUCUCAUAAAUGGACCCUGUAUUGGGCUUUUUCUGGUUUCUGUGGCUAAAUAGACACAGGACGAGGAGCGCGCCCUGGCGACAGAAGGAAAGCUUUUGGGCCGAGGAAUCGGGCGCCAGCUCAUUCGGCGGCCGUGCGAAACGGAGGGAUCACUUCCGGAGAAUCCGAAGCUCGGUCCUGUGCUACACGAAGCUGAGAGAUUCCGGACAGGAAAACGAAAAUCGGAGCAAUUCUUAUACGCCUACAAAGAUAGCCCGCCUGGACUGGUGUCACUAUCCCAAGCUUAUUUCUUCCGAAUCGUCUACGCGACCGGGCGCAAAACCCCGCACCUCUUCUCCACUGAUCGCCUCACCUCCAUAGCUACUCCAGGCGCUAGGGAUGGCGAUCUCUCCUCUCGUUGCGGCCCCGAACCUCCAAGCCGAAGCAGUUGCCGUGGACACUGUCCCCGACGGGGGAGACGAACAACGAGCACCAGGCAAGUCUUCCAGCUAGCCUGGUAGUGCAGGCAGCGGCGGCUUCUGGAGAGGAUGGUAACAACAAGAAACCAGUACUGAGUGAUCUGGCAGUGGUAGACAUCCUUGAUCGUUGGAUAAACAGCAAAGACGACCUACCUCCGUUCGUCCACCACCGUGACCUGUACCAGUGCUCCCCCUGGGAAGCUGUGCAAGGCCUCAAGCACGCCCGUUGGGAAACCAAGCAUGGUGGACGAGAAGAAACUUGGUUCAUCGUCAGCCAGGACGGAAACCGGUGCGGGCGCAAGGUUGGAGAAGCGGGCACGUGGCACGGGGAGAGACGCGCCCAGGCUAUCCUAGGCGCCGAUGGCAAUUCUGUUGUUGCGAACAAGAAGAGGUUCUCAUAUAAAAUGGGAACGCCUGGAAAGAGUCGUAAACAAGAAAGCACAGGCUGGAUCAUGAUGCAGUACUCGCUCGAGGGAGCCCAUCAGAAUCCUCAUAAGGUUAUCAACACGGUAUACAAGUCCAGUCAUGCAAAAACAUGGGUGGAAGCAAGAAGCUAUGCGAUUGCCGGCGCAGAUCAGGAAGACAUAGAGAUCAGUGUAGAUGCGCCCGUGCCAGCACCAGCUGUCUCCAAGGCGAGCGGUGCUCGGUUUAGGGCUACGGCUGUGCAGAAGGGCAAGGCCGCUCUGGCUGUGGCGGCGGUUUCGCGGGACGGGGAGAAGGCUGAUGCUACUCAACUCAGCCUCACUCGUGGCAUCCCCAUUGACUUACUCCUGCAGGCAGCAAGGAAGGCGGUGCACUGCGUCGACUACAAAGAAGCUGUUCAGAUCAAAGAAUUCGAGGCCGCUAAACUGAUUUAUCACACGUCCAUGACUGAGCUUGGGUUGGAUAGUACCAUUCUUUCAGGUUCAUUGAUUCAGUUGGACCUGCUUAUUCAACACGUGGCAAUGACAAAAGAGUUGACUCCUAACGGGCGAGACCACCUUGUAUGCUUGGCCGAAGGCAUGUCAGGAACAAUUUUUUCUGAAUAUCUAAACGAACUUCCGACAAGAGGACGCCAGGCAUUUAAUGCUCUAGAGAGGCUUGGUGUCGAUGUGCAAGAGGCUUUGCAAAUGCCUUCCAAGGGAAUGAAGAUCUCACCGCUGGUGAUCCCUGACGGUGAGGCAAAAGACUUUGCACUGGAGUUCCUGCUAUCGGCAGCAGCACUCGUAGCGGCGGGGAAUAAGCGCCCCAUCCCAGCGAGCUUUACCGCGGCGUCCAGCUCCGGCGUGAAGAGACUGCGUCAGGAAAGGACAGAGACCACGUCCCCCAUUGCUACUCUUGAGGAAGCCCAGCGCCAUUUAAUGCCCGACGAGUAUCCCGUCGACGGAGGCGACAAGGCCGAGGAUUACACCGAAAUGUACGCCAAUAUGCUGCGCGACAAAAUUACGCCCAUCGGCGGCGGCGGCGGCGGCGGCGCAGAUGGGUUCGUCGUCGCCAUACCUGAAGGCGAAGGUUACCCGGCCGGAUUUUUCUAUAUGCCAGGUGUUGCCGACAACCUGGAAGAACCCGUUGGAGCCCACGGGUUUCCCGGCGGUGUUGUAGCUCUAGCUCCUCACAUGGCGGAGCCCCCCAGUGCUCCUUGCCGUUUUCCGGAGGAAAGUGACCUGCACCAGUUCGCUCUCAAGGACAGCGCGUGCAGAUCUCUCGUCGGAGCCGAGGAUUCGGCCCCUGGUACUGCAUUUCGCUACUACGACGACUUCAGUGCCAACAACGGCACCGGGGGGUCGACUGACUACCCCAACGGCGGCGCCGCGGGUUCGAAUGGAUUGGCCGCUGGUGGCGGUGAACGUCAGGUUCACGACCUCCCGAUGGACAUUGAUGGCCUCAGUGACCUUGAAGACAUCGACAUGUUCGACAUCGACGAGUAUCUAGCUAUGCCUGAGUUUUGAUAAAUGUUUUCGUUUUUUGAAUUGUCCUAUGCAUGGAUCGUUUCCUGAUUUCUUUAGCCAAUCAUUUAUUGCUCAAGUUCUUUAUAAAUUCUGCAAUUAAUAGAGAGCUGAUAUGUACCCCCAUGUCAACUUAUAGAGGUUGUGGAAAAGCUCCUUAGUUUAUAUAGAGGUUUUGGCAUCGUGCACAUUUGGACAGGGUUAUAAUGCACUUCUCUUUGGGGUGGCUGAUGGAAUAAUCAAAUCCUUCCACGGCAGUUCCCUGGAUC